AUGCCCCGACAGCUGCGUGCCCGCACAUCCCGACCAAAUUAUGCUUCGCUUGCAGCUAUAGGCGAUGAAGAAGACUUGAAAACCAGUCUACCCAAACCAUCCUUUGACGAGGACGCGGAUAGCGGGAGUGACUUCGCACCGGACAAGCUCCCCGAAGAUGCCCCCGAGGAUUUACAGAAUGGCUCUGAAGAUCUUCUUGAAGUAGACGAGGAAGAAGCGGAAGAAGCGCCGAAACGAGGCAAGAAUCAGACUCCUACUACUCCUGCAGGGUCCAAGCCUAUAUCGCAUCUACCCUCGAUAACGGGAGCAAGGCCGUCCCAUAAGCCCCCACCAAAGUCUCAGUCUGCACAGGCAUCUACUUCUAAGAUGUCUGCUCCGAGAGCCGCGAAGAUGUAUGCACUACCAAAUCCUAGCGUCCACCAUCGACACAGAGCCAUGCCGGUUUUUCUUCGCAAGGAAAAAGUCGAGCGACUUGAUGCUCCUCCUACGCUCUUCAACCCACCAAACAUUGUGUCAACCAAUAGUAUGACAUCGGAACAAUUUCUAACUGAUCGCAUCAGCAAGGCUUGGGGUUACAAUGUCGGCCCUGGCCCUGUAUGGAAUAUCAUGGAAGAUCGGUCGUGCUUCAAGGAGGCUUUGGGAGGGGAAGAGAAUAUAAUAAACGAGUCGUUCAGGCGACCCAGAGUCCAUCAAGGUGUUGAGGUGAAAUCUGGAUGGGCGAGACUAAACGAGUGUGAUGCCGCGAGGUAUUUACCCACUGACACUGUGUUAACAGAUGAUGGUCAGCUGCGGCCCCCUGCUCCUAUACAUUGCUUCCUUGGACCGCAUAGUCGUCAGACUCGCGUUGAGAUGGCCAUGUUCGACAGUCAUGCUACAUCAGAAUAUACGCCUGGAAGCAAAUCUUUCGUGUUCAAUGUCGGAUCUCCUGCGUGGGGCGCAGAUUGGUGCCCGACUUAUCCAGAUGACCGACCCAGUCGGGGUCAUAAUCAUUACCUUGCGAUCGCCCCUUUCUCUUCACAAUCGCAUUCACCAAUGAUCGGUGCGAAAGUCCGGCGCCCUGUUCCUGCUUGCGUACAAAUAUGGGGUUUGCAGUCCAAUCGAGGGAAUGCCUCGCAAGCAGACCUCUCACUGGCAGGCGAGAUAAAGUGCGAAAUGGUCCUGUGCUUGGAGUCAGGGCCUGCAUUCGAAAUCAAGUGGUGCCCUCUUCCCUCGCAUGAUCAGGUUUCACAGUGGGAUGAAAUUCAUGUGGGAAAACACCCGCGAAAGCUGGGACUACUAGCAGGCACAUUUGAAGACGGCUCGUUGUCCGUAUAUGUCGUUCCAGACCCAGAGGAUCCCUGCUUUAUGGACAUACGACCGAGACUGGUUCACAAAACAGUGCAUUUACCCGAACCACUUCUCCGGAUCGAGCUAGAGGAAACUUCAUGCUGGUCUCUUGACUGGGCUAAUAGCGAAAUCAUUGCUGUUGGUUGCACGAAUGGUCUAUACAUUGUCCUUCAGUCGAAAUGUCCCUCAUCACCGUCAUCCUGUAGGGCCCAAGUGAGUUCUGGCUGCCUUCACUUACUCCAUCGUGACAAAAAAUUCCAAGACAUGCUCCCAACCCAUUACAUUUCAAUACAUCAGUGCGCGGUGCGAGCCCUUGCAUGGAUUCGUAUCCCGCCGACGAAUGGCUCUGGCGUACCAUCGAUUUCCGAGGACCCGACGUUUCUGGCUACCGGCGGAUACGACGGCUUGGAAUGUCUGACUGACAUCCGAGAACCACAUGGAAAUAUUGUAAACAGGACACGGGAUGUGAUCAAUAGCACGACAUACUCCGCAUUCGCAGGCGGACCGAUCAUGAUCGAUCAUGACAACACUGUCAAAGGGUAUUCAGUAUCUCCCAGUACGCUAGGCAGAGGGCAUGUACUUCUGGAGCCCGAUGGACCGGUGUGGAGCGUCAGUGCAUCGGACUAUCACGCUCAGCUAGCGGUCGGUUCAGCAGAUGGCUCUUGCGUAACGACCAACACAUUGAAAUCAACAAGGAGAGGAGGAUCGGUCCCAUUUUUCUUCCACAAGAUCUUUCAGCUGGACUACAGCCGAAAAACAGGAGAGUUUCGUAUGUUGGACCAUUUCCUUCCGCAAGAAACUCAAGAAAGGUCCGCAAAUUCGAAAAGGAAACAAGCCAAAAAGGAUGAAUCUGAGACGAGUAUCAGUACUGGUGUAUGGCCACCCGAAGUAGGGGUUCAUCGCGUUACUUGGAACACGGGCAACGGUCUGGGCGGAGCGCCGCUGCUUGCAUCUACCACGGGUUCAGGACUGUGUAGGGUGGAUUGGUUACUGGGACGUUGGAUCCGGAACAAGGUGCCAUAUGUGAAUGUGCCAAAUAUGAGGAAAGAGGUCGACGACAUGAUGGACGAGGAUAGUGGGGAUGAUUGACGUAUUCAAAAACGUUUUAUGAUUUCAAUGGAUGGAAGGUGGGAAUUAGAAACUCAAUUGUGAGUAAAUAUUGGGUAUUGAGUGCAUGACACCGCCUCUUACUUUCCUGGUGCUGUAAACGAAUGCGAGAUGGCAGGUUGACACAGGAUACAGGCAGAUGAUUCAUCUUUAUGGUCAAAAAGUUUGAUACAUCUUUAAUCUACUCUGGAAUAUAUCCGUUCUGUAUGGUUAUCGACCAGCCAGCUUACCGAACUUCUCAGAAUGGCACAUACAGCUCUCGGACGGUCCAUCCCUGGUGAACAC